UAGAGUUGUCACUACAGCAGCUCCCUGUGUGUUUACCUGCAAUUUAUUGGACAGCUGUUUUUAUCAAUCCAUUAGACUGUCAUGUUACGCAUCUGCCAGAUAGGUCUGACAUACACGAGUGGGUCAGGUCGAGUGUAGAUUUCCAGCACCUGGUGACAGAUUACUUUACUGAGGUUCCCCAUUGCCUGACACACAAGGAUUCCAUGCCUGUGGCUUAAUCCUCUCUCCGAGGCUAUCUCUGAUGGACUGACUUUUCCAUAACCUCAGAUGUUUCAAUCGGCUUCAUGGUUUAAUGCAGACUUAAUUGAUUUGCGUGGAUUUUGUGUGAAUUAAUGCACCUGUCAUUAGUGCUAAAACGUCUGUGACAAAACUGGAUCCUCGACUGUUCCGUCAUUGGCUGCUCAUAUCUUACGCUGAGGAUUUACGAAACUUAAUGGCACAAAGCAACUUGCGUGCUUCAGAACGAUGCUCAUCCUGUUGUUUUUUAUGUUUGCCAUUCUCAUGUGUUCUGGAUAUACGGAAAAUUGGCAGGAAUAUAGUAUAACUUGGAGCUCUUAAGUAGCAUUACUUUAGGAGGGCAUCAUUUUGUAUGUGUAUAGUUUUUUAAGUUGUGUUUAACUGAAGACUCCCGCUGUAAUACUCUCAAAAGUGUUGAUUUGCAAGCGGCAACAAUGAGUCAGAAUUUGAAAGUUGGUGGGUAUGACAAUACCCGGCGGCGUUCAUCAUACGCGGCACCGGGACAGCUCUACGAUAUUCCUGACGACGAUCGCCCGAUUGACUUCAAGCAGGAACAGGCUCUGAUGAAAAGAUUUCGUCAGAGACGGUUGUCCGUCCCAGCAACUAGAACGUUGGAUCUAAGUGCCUUUGCAAUGCCAUUGCUGGACUCCGAUAUGGAUGGCAAUGCGAUGGAUGUAGAUCAUGAAUUUCGCCCGCGGUCGGGUUCCACAGGACUCAAGGGAUUAUUCAGCAGCAAGUCAAAACAGAGAAAAGGCUCGGGAGACGAGGGCAAAAUCAACUCUCCUUCUCAGUCCAAAGUAAAAACAUUCUUUGACACGUUUCGUCCACGGUCAAAGUCGGAUGUCUCAGGGAUGAAGAAGCCUGGCAAGAAGUCCGCGUCCGUGUCCAUGGACCGGUCAAUGGACGAGGUGUCGUUGAACUCUCAGGUACUGGGCACCUCCCUGAUGGUGCCGAGGGGCCCCAACGAGCCCCUCACUCCCAUGGGUCAGAUUCUUGAGGGACAGAUGAUGAGUGCCGGCGGGGACCGGAACAGACACAAGUCUGGGCCCCCGACCAGCGUCGAACAGUUCAUGAGCAAGUUCAGAGCCAGGUCCAAUUCCGAUUCACGUGCACGCACUGCCAAAAAACCGUUCAAUCACCAGAAAAGUUAUAGUCCACCAGGAAGUCCAUCUUCGCGAGAUAGAAUGUUGUCACCACUGAGACCCUCGAAUGAGCCACGGUCGGCGCCCCCCUCCAUGGCAUCAAACCGAGGAUCUCUUCUCAAUGACAUGCACACUCACGCCAUCAUCUACAAGUCAGAUUUCAUGAAGCUGAGUAUGGACUCGGAUGUUGACAAAAUGGAAAUAGAAGAUUUAGAUGAAAAUGAAGAACAAAUAUUUGCCAAGUUCAUGCGUGCUCACAAGUGCUAUGAUCUCAUUCCUAUGAGCGGCAAACUGGUCAUAUUUGACACACAGUUAAAUGUGAAGAAGGCUUUUUUUGCAUUGGUCUACAACGGCGUGAGGGCAGCUCCCCUGUGGGACUCCAGCAAACAGGAUUAUGUAGGAAUGCUGACCAUUACAGACUUUAUUAAUAUUCUGAAAAUGUACUACAAGUCUCCUUUGGACGCAAAAACUGACUUGAAAGUUGAAAGAGCGUUUUUAGUGCGGAUGGAUGAAUUGGAAGAACAUAAGAUUGAUACAUGGCGAGAGGUGCUGAAGAACAAGCAGAAGUCGUUCGUGUGUAUCCACCCAGACGCCAGUUUGUACGACGCCGUCAAGGAACUCAUAUACAACCACGUGCACAGACUGCCCGUCGUCGACAAGGUCUCGGGCAAUGCCAUCUACAUCCUUACUCACAAGAGAAUUCUACGCUUCCUGCAUCUUUACAUCCAAGACUUGCCAAAUCCAAGUUUUAUGCAGAAGACCAUGGAUGAGUUGAGAAUAGGAACCUAUGACAAUGUGAUCACAACGACUCCAGACACUCCGCUGAUCAAAGCCCUCAACUUGUUCGUUGAAAACAGAAUAUCAGCACUUCCUGUUGUGAAUGAAGAACAGAAAGUGGUUGAUAUUUAUGCCAAAUUUGAUGUUAUUAAUCUUGCUGCUGAGAAGACGUACAACAAUUUAGAUAUAACAAUCUCACAGGCUCUCAAACACAGAACGGAAGUUGGGAGUUACGAGGGCGUGGCGAAGUGCCGUCAAAACGAUACACUGUCAGUGGUGAUGGAUAAAAUAGUCAAGGCUGAGGUUCAUCGUUUGGUUGUGGUAGAUGAUGAAGACCAUGUGUUAGGAGUUGUCUCCCUUUCUGAUCUUCUCACAUACAUAGUUCUCAAACCAAUGGGUGCAGAAACGAAAUCUUGAUAUGCAAAUACUCAGGACAAAAACCUUCAACUGUGAUCAUCCAUUACCACGAUGACCAUUGGCCGGAUUUGACUUGCCACAGCACCAGCGACCAAUCAGCAAGGAGUUAACACUUUUCAUCCUAAUGUGUGUGUGUGUGUGUUCAUUAGAGAAUGACGACCGCUGCUAUGGUGGGAGUCGGCUUGCUGUCAGCUGUAUAUCUACACAGACACAGUCUAGCAUCCUUUGAUUUGUCGCCUCGGUGCUGGUUGGCGAUAAAAGUCAACAUGUUUAUAGAUUGGAGCACAAAGUUACCCAGUCAGGAGAUACUACAGUAAUACCAGAUAUAUAUAUUUUUUUCUUCUGAGUUGUGUAUAUUUUAAUACUGCACCAAUAAACAAGAUUACAUAUUCGUUAAAACUGUCUGAAGAUGCAUAUUAUGCAAUAUUGUUUAGUUGUCAGGGGUUGGGAAAUUGGGGUGAUCACAGCACAAAUGGUCCAGGAUGAAUAUUACAGAUGACUCGUGGAAUGUAGCUAUUCCCGGAAUGUAGAUAUUCCUGGAAUGUAGAUAUUCCCGGAAUAAAAUGUACACACACAGAUAUGAAUGUCACAACCAAACUGAAAUGGUGCAGGGUUUGGUUGGUUUUAAUAUUAAUGAAUGGACUAGGGGGAGAUAACUGUUUAUUAUAACCAAAACAAAACACAGAGGGUGAAAAUGAAACCAUGUCUAAUGUUGUCAAACAUUUUGUACCAUGUGAAAUUAUUUAUUUACAUAAUAUCUGUAUAUGUGUAUAAUUAAAAAAGAGUUGUUUAUCGUAGAAUACUAGUGUAAAUUAAGAAAUCCAGUAAGCCUCAUUUAUUAUAACUUUUGUUUCGUAAAAUAUUGAAAAAUAAAUUAUUUUAAAUGUGAUUCACAUAUUAUUUUAUCCUUAAAACUACAUUGGGUAUAAUGAAUACUCUCAUACUAGGUUUGUGAUGCCGAUAACUACAUUAGUGCUUAGAAUUACAAUUCUUAUGGCAUUUAAACAGCUGAUAUAAUUAUAUACAGUAACUGAAAACCAAAACCAUACGACAGAACUAACAAGCAAUAAUUGUGUAUUAGAUAUGCUGAUGUACUUACUGGUGAUGUGUAUUGAUGCAGGAUAGAGUGCAAGAAUAAUAUAUUACAAUUGUGAAGGAAAACAUACAUUUUAUUCAUGAAUCUUUUAUACAUUUAUAUAUCAUGGGUCCAGGUGGACUAGUUGAAAUUAAAACUUGGUAGGAAAGUUUGUUACGAAUGUUGUGUUGAAAAAUUAUUUUGAAUACAAGAUAAACAAACCUGAGUGUGGUAAUUAAUGCUUUAACAUUUUUAACAAACUCUUUUUAAUGGAAUUGUUUUCUUCUUGUGUUAAUCAGAUUACCCGUAUAUAUCUUUGGUUUAUGUUAACUGUUUACAACAGUGAUACUAGUUGCUAAAAACAUACUACUAGAUUAAACAUACUACUAGAUUAAAUUCUUCAGAAUAAUUCAUUGCAAAUCCAGAAGAAAAAUGGCUCCAUUGUUUAAAAAUAGAAUAUCCUAAAUUUUCAUUUCUUUCAUCAGCUGAUAUUUGUUUUAUACCUUGUCAAACUGACUAGAGUGUUAAGAAUUUGGUAUUAUGUGGUAUAUCUAAGACUCAAAAUAUUGAUAAUCUUUACCAACAUCUUAUGAUGUAGAUGAUCUGUUUUAAUUGUCACAGUGAUUUGGUCUGUGUAAUUUUAGAAUAUCACUAACAGACUAUAACAGAUUUUCCACCGAUAUCUGCAAACUCCAGGAUUUGACACGCGCAGAUAAAUUGAACCUGAAGCAAGCACAUGCUUAACACGUCUCAAGAAAGUGGCUGCAAUAGCAAUCAAUGAAAUCGUAAUAUUGGUCUUGUCAAUCGGCUAUUCUUGUAUCGUGCGGCAUUGUCUGUCAUUUAAACAUUACUUGUUUUACUUUCCAGUCAAAAUUCAGAAAGUAAUCAAAAGAUUAUUGAGUAUAUCUGAGAAUAGGCUCUAACUUUACAUCUAGGAGGUACACAUGGAAAUAUGGUCCAAUUUGCUCUAUGAAUCAAUUUGUUUUUAAAAGUAAGUGUCAAGAUGAUGUCAGUGCCUUUAGACAUUGCUGUUGUAUCCUUCUGAUUUAUCAGAGCUUUACCUUUGGCACUCGCCAAAUUCUUCAGUUGCAAUUUUAAAAACAGUAAGCGAAUAUUAUUUUAAUUUAGUGAAAUAAUUUCCUGUAAUAAUUGAUAUUUUGUUGGAAAAUAACACAUUUUUUUCUUCAUUUUUUUAAGUUUAAAAGAUAAUUUGCCAAAAUGUUCUGUUCAUCUAGAACUAGUGCUGACUUUAUUGAGGCUAAUUUAAUGGUUUCCAUGGUGACUGUCAAAUCCUGGACUUUGAACCUAAAGACCUGCAUAUCAUUUUUCUCAUUACAGAGAAUAAAAACUACUUAAUGUUGUCUGUUGGUAAUUCCGACAGUCAAAAUUAAAAGAUUCUAUAUAGGACUCAUUGGUGAUGUGUUUUUUUGUAUUUUUUUUUUUUUAAUCAUUACUUUUUGCAACCAUCAAUACAAAAGAACUAUAUAUGAUCAUGUAUAGUGUAACUUGCUCACCACUCAUUUUUGAAACUAAAUAGAAAUGAAUUUGGAUGUGAUUUACAUGUUUACCAUUUGUUAUGAUGAAUACUGUUAAGAGUUACGGGAUCAUGUGAGUUGCCGAUAUACUGAAGACAUUGUGCUAGUGUGUUUUUUCGUUGGAGAUGCUGUAGUUACUCACGAAGGAGCAAUGUAAAUAUGUUUGUAAAUAUUGAAGUGAGCGAAUACUGAGGCUGACAGGAGAGGACCAAGUUGUUUUGAUUAAGCUGGUAACACUCGAAUACGUUCGACUGUUCGACUGUUUGUUACGAUUUAUUUGUCAAUGUACAGUUACGUCUAAGACGCUUCUGUGAGAGCACCCAGUGCUGAAGUGAAAGUGUCCUUAUUAGCGAGUGGUCAUAAUAUACUAAUGGAGAAUAUGAGACGUUGAAUGUGUUGAAAAGAAGAGGUUGCAGCACCAGGUGGUCAAGUUAUGUUUGUCAGAAAGUAUUGUAGAGGUUGAUCGUAAAACUUGUGGGUUUGAGGCUUCAGUUAUUACAGUGGUGCCAGUGGGCAAUAAUAAAACAAUUUAAACUAUAUUCUGCAAUAUCAGUGUUGAUAAUGAUGAUAAUGUAGACUUUUUUUUAUAUGUUUAUUCAUAAUGGAAUAUUUCUCAUGGUAUAUUUUGCUAUUUUCGUCAGAUUUCAUUAAGUAAUUAGCAAUUUGAAAAUGGAUAAACCAAAAACCAGUGGAUAUAACAAGACUAUUUCAUCCAAUAAUAUUUUUCUACUAUUAAUCAGAUCUUUUUUUAAGUCAUAUAUAUUUAAGUGAAUAAUUUAUACGGACAGAAUACAACAAAGAUUGUUGAAUAUUAAAUCUGCAGUUAAAAUACAUUUAGCAUGUGCAUCAUGCGUUAAUGGCAGACAUCUAUAGUUGGGGAUUUAAAUUGUUCAAGCUGAGGCUGUUCUGUGAAUAAUCUGUGUGUUGGGUUAAGCUAAUUCUUAAUUAUUUUUUUUUAAUAAUAAAUUCUGUCCGGUUUCACAUUUAGUGCAGAAUGGAUCGAGCUGGAGAAUGUUCUCGAAGCUACGAAUUCAUGAAAAUUAGGGCUUAUGAUCUAUUUUUCACUAAUCCGAACUUCCACAUACAUUCUCCUCCUCCUGUGUUAUCUGUUAAAAAUAUUAUUGUCACUUCAUAGUACUCAAAUCUCGUGCAUGUGAAUGAAUUGUUGCAGGGGUGGUCUAGCUAAGUGUAUUGGGGGGGGGUCUAGUCAUGCUCCUCCACAGAAAAUAUAUGGGGGGGGGGGGGGAAUUUGCCAGGGUGGGGUUUUGACCCCCAAAACUUCCUCUCUGCACACAUGCCUGCAAUGGCCACAUGGCAUAAUAGCAACAAUUUUUGUAUAAUCUUGUAAAUUGUCUGUCAUCGAUUCAAUUCCAUGUCGAACAGAAUGGCUGUAUUCUGUAAUAUGUGUACCGACAGUAUCAGCAAAGCAGCUAUGUUAAAAGAAGUUGUAUGGAUGGUUUUAUACACAGCACACUGAUUUGUAACUGACUGUAAACUGUGUGAAUGGUUUGUGUAUAUAUGGGAAGUCUCAGUUGUGAUUAUGGGCCUUUGAGCAGAUUAUUUGUGAAUAAUUAAAAACAAAAUUGAGUUGAAAGCUGAAUUAAAAUUUGAAUCAAAUUA